UACACCUUCCUGGUCAAAGGCACCUGGAGACAAGGUCUCGCUCUGGGUGUGGGGUGCAGUGUCAGGGUCCAGGACCCACCCCAGGGUGUGCGAGUCCGCCUCCGGCCCCGGCUGACUCACAGUUGAGCAGGGCUGAGAGGAGCAGGCCACGGGCAGGUCCCCCAGCCUCUCCCGGAGACCCCCCAAGUCGGAGCCAGGGGAGGCAGGGGGCCUUCAGACCGCUGACUGGCUGUGGGGCUGGGCAGGUGAGAAAGCCCCUUCCCAGUGCGGGGCCUCGCUCCAGCCUUCAUGGAGGGCAGUCUGGGUGCCCAUCCAAGAACAUGGGGUGCUGGGCUGGUUUUCAGGGUUAGCACUUAAAAUGCCCCUCAGGCAUCGGGGGACAAUAGCUUCUUCUGGUGGCAGUAAAGUAACUAACCCGGGGCUGCUGGCAAGCAUGGGAAGCAGGCUCUGGCCGGCCGGACCCUCGCUCCCCUUCCUCCCUCUCCCUCCUGGGCCUGCCCCCCACGUGUUCACCCCUCAGGCCUUGGUCGCUGCAGAUAAAGCCUCGGGCAGGGACUUAACCAGGCCAGUGCUGUCGGAACGGCUGUCCACUUCCGUGGCCAGGUGCAGGGCUAGGAGGGCCUGAGCGGCCUGGGGGUCCCUAAGGAUGUGACAUUUACGUGGGGGAGAGGACGGGGCGGAGGCCGGCACGUGCAAAGGGCCUGCGGUGAGGAAUGGGCCGAGAGGAGCCAGAAGGAUGCUGGGUGGCCGAGCACAGCCUGGAGCCACCGCACCCUGCCCCUGAGCUGCCGGCCUGCCUGUCCCCAGCGAGCAGCCAGGUGGAGACCCGGGCCCACGCCGAGGAGCGGCUGCUGAAGAAGCUGUUCUCUGGCUACAACAAGUGGUCCCGGCCAGUGGCCAACAUCUCGGAUGUGGUCCUCGUCCACUUCGGCCUGUCCAUCGCCCAGCUCAUUGACGUGGACGAGAAGAACCAGAUGAUGACCACGAACGUGUGGGUGAAGCAGGAGUGGCAUGACUACAAGCUGCGCUGGGACCCGGGUGACUACGAGAAUGUCACCUCCAUCAGAAUCCCUUCGGAGCUCAUCUGGCGGCCGGACAUCGUCCUCUACAACAAUGCGGACGGGGACUUCGCCGUCACCCACCUGACCAAGGCCCACCUCUUCCACGACGGGCGGGUGCAGUGGACGCCCCCCGCCAUCUACAAGAGUUCCUGCAGCAUCGACGUCACCUUCUUCCCCUUCGACCAGCAGAACUGCACCAUGAAGUUCGGGUCCUGGACCUACGACAAGGCCAAGAUCGACCUGGUGAGCAUGCACAGCCGCGUGGACCAGCUGGACUUCUGGGAGAGCGGCGAGUGGGUCAUCGUGGACGCCGUGGGCACCUACAACACCAGGAAGUACGCGUGCUGCGCCGAGGUGUACCCCGACAUCACCUACGCCUUCGUCAUCCGGCGCCUGCCUCUCUUCUACACGGUCAACCUCAUCGUGCCCUGCCUGCUCAUCUCCGGCCUCACUGUGCUCGUCUUCUACCUGCCGUCCGACUGCGGCGAGAAGGUCACGCUCUGCAUCUCUGUGCUGCUCUCGCUCACCGUCUUCCUGCUGCUCAUCACCGAGAUCAUCCCGUCCACCUCGCUGGUCAUCCCGCUCAUCGGCGAGUACCUGCUCUUCACCAUGAUCUUCGUCACCCUGUCCAUCAUCGUCACGGUCUUCGUGCUCAACGUGCAUCACCGCUCCCCGCGCACGCACACCAUGCCCGCCUGGGUGCGCCGGGCCUUCCUGGACGCCGCCCCGCGCCUGCUGCUCAUGAAGCGGCCGCCCGUGACUGGCACCCAGGCCCCGGGGCUCACCAAAGCCCGGUCCCUGAGCGUCCAGCACAUGCCCAGCCCUGCUAGGGCCGGGGGAGGCGGCGUCCGCUGCCGGUCUCGGAGCAUCCAGGACUGUGUUCCUCGAGACGAGGGCGAUGGCCAGACGGCCGGCUCCCCCGCUUCCCUGAAGGCCCCCCCAGCCGAGCUCCCGCCCCCAGACCCGGCCUCCCCGUGCAGAUGCACGUGCAGGAAGGAGCCGUCCACGGGGUCCCCAAACACUGUGCUCAAAGCCCACGGCACCAAAGCUGCACCCCGGCACCUGCCCCUGUCACCGGCCUUGACACGGGCGGUCGAGGGCGUCCAGUACAUCGCAGACCACCUGAAGGCAGAAGACACGGACUUCUCGGUGAAGGAGGACUGGAAGUACAUGGCCAUGGUCGUCGACCGCAUCUUCCUCUGGGUGUUCGUCAUCGUCUGCCUGCUGGGGACCGUGGGCCUCUUCCUGCCGCCCUGGCUGGCCGGCAUGAUCUAGGACGCCGGCCGCAGCCGUGGGUCCACGGGCCGCCCGGCACUCGCGGGGCCACUUCAUUUGCCAGACUGUCCCCCACCUCCAUCCACUGACAGAUGGCCUUGGUGGGACCUUCCCGGGGGGCUGCUGCUCAUCGGCUGGGGCCUGCCCCCCACGGGCUGCGAGGGGGGUGGGCUGCCGGAUGCUCGUUCGCGUCUGCAGGGCGGUGUUACUGUCUAAGUCUCAUUAAAGUUUAUCCAGAGCAUGA